UGGGGAAGGAUAUGAUUCAGCCACAAGUUAACCUAGAAACAUUGGAGACAAGUGAAGUAGGUGUUCUGGAAACAUAUGAAAGGCAUGUCAUAUCAGCAGUUAGUGACAUGAGAUGAAAAAUGUUUUCUUCAAUGCACUUACUGUCACAUGAUUUAUUUUGUAGGUCAAAAUUUUCGUCUUGCCGCUUACUUUAUGAAGAGGCAUAUGAACUUGAGAUGUGUCACACAGCAGAAUUAUUGUGGACUUCAUAUAUUCCCUGAUCGUUUUGUGGUUUGUAUAACGCCAUGUGAAACUGGUCUAAAAAGAGGAAUUGCUGAGGAACAGAUUGCUGGUAUUGAUAAUGGAACCUCAGAAUACUUCACUGGUAGUUCAGAAAUGAAAGAGCUUUGUGAAGUCUCUGUUUCAACAUCAAAGAAAAAAGAAGCAUUGAAACACAUUGUUGAAAAGUCUUGUAACACAAAAAUCAGAAACUUCAACAAAUCUGAAGCUAACACUUGCUUGCCAAAAAUAUUGCACACUGUAACAGAAGAUGAGCAGGAUGCAGCCCAAUCUGCUACAGGUUUCAGGCAAGAGACUCAAGAUAUAAAUACUGGAAGAACAGAACAUUGUAUGAACUCAGUUCAAAGCAAGUUAUUACUUCCUGUCAUAAAAUUGGAAAAAUAUAUUAACAAGAGACAGCCAGCUCAAGAGGACGGCCAACAACAACCUCAAUCUAUUGAACAGCUGAAGACAGGUUUGAAAGGCACAGUGGGCGGUAGUGAGUCAGCACUGCAGGAUCGUAAACAAAAUGAAGUAAACACAAAAUUACCAAUGCGGCGAAGGAGAGACUCCUGUCCAAAUGAAGCAGAUGGUGCCAAGAAGAUCAUUUUAACAGAGACUUCAGAUAAUCUUGGUGAGAUUACAGUGGGAGUGAAUUCUCUUGAGUCUCUAAGAAAACGACCUGUGAGAAAAAAGCUUUUAAACCAUAAUUCCAAUUGUAAAAGGUCAGUCGAAGGUAAACCCAACAAUCUUGACCUCCCAAAAGAAAUUGGAGGUGGGCCCUUAUUUUCAUUAGGUAAUUCUCCCCAAGAUUUUUGCUUCAUGGAUACAAGUAAAAAGAGAAGAUUAGCAAGAACGAAAUUGAUUAGAAAGUCAGAGAAAGUGCCUUCAAGUCCUGAUUACAAAUAUGUGAAUUCAGCAAGGGGUACAGUAUUGGUAGAAGUUGAAUGUGAUGUAGAAAAUGUGCCAAGAAAAUCUAGACUUCGACGGCCUAAAAAGACUGUAACUGCCAGGAAUUAAGUUGUCAUGUGACAGUAAUUAAUUGUUGCCUUUGGAGUAUUUGGAUAUGAUAGUGCAUAAAUGAGGUCAUUUUAUAAAAGCACAUCACUUUUAAAGUAAUUAAGAUGCCAGUGGCUUUGCAUCUUCUGUGCUCAGACUUGUAACUUAAUAUUAAGUUCACUCCAAAUGGAUAACUUGUCUUUUAAUUUUAGUACAUUUCUCUCUUUAUAACUUUGGUUGACAAUAUGAACGCUCAGUUUCUUGGUACUUUUGGUCCCAUUGAAUUCGCUGUUAAUCCUAUUAAUGACUUAGUUUACAAAUGAUGGAUUCCGAUGAAUUUUUUAAAAUUUAUUUUAAAAUGACUCUUUCCAGUCUUAGUGAUCUUUGUAUAAUUUCAAUUCUUAAGCUGUUUCCUCCUUGUAUUUCAUAAUAAAGUUAAGUAGAUCUGUAA